AUGAAUAAGUGUAAUACUUGCUAGUGCAAGCCUGGUGAAUAUAUCUGUAUACGACCAGAAUGUGUAUAAAUUAAAGAUAAUAGAAUGGUUUGUUACUAAUGUUAUUGGAUAAAGCAUAAAGAACAUGAACCUCACCGAAUUUAAGAAGUUUGCUAAUUAACCACAGAGAAAUGUUAGAGGCAAAUUCAAUUCUUAGAGAUGAUUAUAUCAAAAAAUUAGGAAGAAUCGAUCUAACUUGACAACUUUUUAGAAAAUUAGAAGCAAAUAUAUAAUACAUGGAAUGAUUAACAGAAAAAAUAAAUAAAAGUAUUAAUAGAAAAUGAGAAUCAAAAACUGUAAUAGAAAAUCAAAGAGGCAUAAUAAGUAUUGAAAUUAUAAAAUCUUGAUUAAAUGUUAAAUUAUUGCACAAUUAGUGUAGAUGUAUAGGAAUAAAAUUAUGAAAAAGCAAGCCAAUAAUCUAAUUUUGAAAGGUAAUUUUAAAUUAAUGAAAUCGAAACAAGAAUUAAUUUUAUAAAAGGAUUAAAUUUUUCUAUAUCUGAAUUAUCCAAUAUUUUUGUUGAUAUACCUCAAGUAAGUAUUCCUAGGGCUCAGGAGAAAGCACAGAUUUAAUACAAGUAAUGUCAGACUCAUUAUAAACCAUAAAAAUAUCUUUGUAUUCACAAAGAUUGCGUCAUAUAAAAAUCUAAUUUUCCGUUUUAUUGUGAAUAUUGCUUUAUAAAUUCACAUUCUAAGCAUGAUUUCAUGACCUAUGCUAAAAAGUAUAAAGCUAUAAAGUAAGAAUAAGAUGAAAAGACCUAAUUAAUAACAGUUGAAUAAGAAAAGUUGAAGUAAUGUAUGUAAUAAGAAUUUAAUAAAUAUUAUGAGGCGGUUUAGCAACAAUUAAAGGAGAAAAUGAAUAAAUAUGAGAAGAUCAAGUGCAAUAUUUUAUCGAUAAAGGAUCGAUCAAUAGAACAAUUAAAAAGACUAAUAAAUUUUAAAUUCAUCGAAAAUAAUAUUAAUGUUAGUUUGCUUGGCAAAACAAUUUAAGGAAUUAAGUAGGAAUAUCAAAUUGAAUAUAAAAGUUUUCGUUAAAAAAUGUCUAUUGACCUUGAGAGGGAGGCAAGAGAAAUAUCUUCUAACUGUUUAAAAAUUGAUCAGUAAUCUGAAAAAGAAUAGGUUAAUAUCAACCAACUUCACUACGAGCUUUAGACAAAAAAUGAAGAAGUUAAUAAUUUGAAUAGCAAACUUAAACUAAACCAAAAAUUUAUCUCCCAAAACUAAAAUUAAUUAAUUUCCUUAAAAAAUUACUACGAUGGUUUCAAGUAAAAAAUUGAGGAUUUAACCAAAAAUGUAAAAGAAAGGUUGAAUAGUUCGAUAUAUAUAUGUAAUAUUGAGAAAUAGUUUUUGAGAGCCUUUGAUACUGAUUUUAAAUCUAUAUAGACUUAAAUUAUCUAAACUGAAACCAUAAUGGAAGGCAUAAUUAAUUCAUAUGGAUAAGUUUAUAAUAACUAAGGAGAAUAGAAAUAAAAUGCUCUUUAAAUAAAAUAAGUCCAAACAUUGCAAUCAUAGCAAGGACAAUAACAAACACAAGAAAUGAGAUCAAUUUGUUAUAAUAUAGCUAGUAAUAAAUAAAUAAUAUAAACCACCUAAGUGUCAAGUGUGACGAUGACAAGAAAAGUUAGUCAAAGCAUUAUUACCCCCUAACUAAAUGGGCAACAUUUGAUGUUAUAGCAUAAUAAACGUUGA